AUGUUGGAAGGGCAUGGUGCGGCCCUUCUCCUUCCAAUCCUUCCUUCCUCAGUAUCCCUGAAGCAAUGGCGCCUAAUGACCGACGGGCAACCUGCCUACACGCCAUUCUGCUUGCUCCGAAGACAAACAGUUAUCAAGGCGGCGAAAAGGCUUAGAAUGCGCGGGGUAGGGAGAGGGGACGCCGUGGAUGUGGUGAAAACCCUGCCCAGCUGCCAGCUGCAGGAUUGCGAACAACACCGAAAAUGGAGCCCCAUAUGCACGCUCCAUGGGUUACAAUCUCAAGCACCCUCGGCCCACUGGCACGUUCAAGUAGCCACCCCAAUGUGCUUCGUACAACCAAUUUCUCCAUUGCGGCAUCGUCGACAAUGUGCCAUGGGUGAGAGGAAAAGGGCUGUCUGCAACAUGCAAAGGUCGUCGGAGGCAGUGGGCGGAGUGUACAACGGCACAAUGGGUGGCACAGGGGGUUCCAGUCGUCGACACUCGAUACCCUCGGACGCAAAGAGCCCGCAAGACUCAUUUGGUGCCCACCACCCGCGUUGCGCAGUUGCUGACGCUCUCAAGGCCGGGUUCUAA